CUUGUGUGGUUGUUUUUGAGACUCAGCUAUGUGCAUGUUGUAUCUGUUCGUGAACCCGAAACCGAAAGCAGACGAGUACCUCCUGGUGAUUGCGAAUGUGCGUGACGAGAUUUUUGUGAGACCGACGCGUGGAUGUCACUUUUGGGACAGGAAUCCUCAAAUUGUUGGCCCGAUGGAUCUGGCCGAGGGAAGAGCAGGCGGAACGUGGAUGGGAAUGAACGUCACGGGCAAGUUCGCGUCUCUUCUCAACAUCAUCCAGCCACUCGACGAUGUCUCGGGAGACAAACUACCAAGAGGCAACCUGGUAGUGAGGUACUUGGAAAAUCAACAGGACGGCAUGACGUACUUAAAAGAUGUCCGCAGGAAAGGUGACCAGUUUGAUCGAUUCCUUCUGGUAACAGUGGACGUGAGGCCUUCUGCACAAGAUGCGCGAGCGUCCUGCUACACCAACGCCCAAGACGCAGUUCCUAUGCAGCUCACUCCAGGGUUCCACGUGUUCGGCAACAGCGACCCGAGGCACCCAUGGAGAAAAGUGACGGAGACGAAGCAUCUUUUUGCUGACACUGUUCUCGCCAACGCAAAAGUCGGCCACAAGAGGGACCUUGUGAAAGGCCUCUUUGGACUCAUGGACAGCACAACGGAACACUAUCCGGACGAACAGCUCAUCCGUGAUGCCGAAGGUCGAUCGGAAGAGAGCCUCCGAAAGCUCAGCUCUGUCUUUGUGCGUGUCGACGAAGAAUGCUUCGGAUCCAGAACCCACUCCAUCAUUCUCGUCGACGCCAGAGGGGGUGUCGACUACGUGGAGCGUACGCUACAGCAACCCAUAUCUCUGGAUAGCGAGGUUCAACCCUGGGUGACAACACACCUACAGUUUGGAAUUCAGGAUCCUGGUACUCUCAUAUCUCGCCUUUGACCUCGCCUCCCUGGACACAGCUUAGUGACGACUCCAUCUUAGAAGCUGUUAACAGUGUAGUUUUAGUCACUGUCACCGUAUGUCACUGCUCCGUAACUUCGAGUGCGCUGAAUAAGUGUAUUUAUCAAGAUCCUAGAAUUAUAGAAUGAAAGAGAUUUCCAUAUCGAACCAAUGUACGAGACAGUCGAGGUGUCACGCACUGGCAGACAAUCACGACUUGUUUCAGAAGCUAUUUUGUGUUCUGACAUGUUGUCUUUCAAACAGGUGUGUGUGUGUGGGGGGGGGGGGGGGCGGUAGCGAGCCGCACGUAAUCGUACGCUAGGUAGUGGGCAAAGGACUAAGCGCUGCACGGAUUGAUUGCAUAGUGUUGAGUAAGAAGCAAAGUAAGCUAUUCAUUAGUCAAAGAGCGUUAAAGUGCCAUCCGGCAAUAAAAAUUGUAUUAAUCUUGUUUCGUAUUAUGCAUCAACGCCACUUAAACUCCGUUAAAGUGCCAUCCUGCAAUAAAAACUAUUAAUCUUGUUUCGUAUUAUGCAUCAACGCCACUCACACUCCGUUAAGCUGCCAUUCUGCAAUAGAAAUUGUAUUUAUUCUAUUUCGUGUGCAACGUCGCUCAGACUCGGUUCGCAAAAUAUAAAUGGCUCCAGUGACAAUUACGCAGUUUCACAGGUUUUCCAAACUGUUUCCUAAAGAAUGUUAUCCCUCUUCCCUUACCUGCUUCUCUUUGGCGCAACGAUUAGUGAAGGAGCUGUUUCUUCUGUAUUUUUUGAUAAUUUUCUGUAUCCCAGCUGUUUUCUUCUGUUUGCUUGAAAGCAUUAGGGAAUAGCAAGCCCACACCGUGGCUAACCUUUCCCUUCCCUUUUUUCUUACUUUGCAUUAAACAUAUUCCCCCCCUCUUUGGCGCGUGCCCCCGUUUUUACAAGUUCCUCGUCGGUUUCCCAUCGAGCUUAUAUGUAUGUGCUUCGUGCGUUUCAGUAUUUAGUAAAUUAAUAUUCCUA